AUGAGCAACUCCCAGUCGCAGAACUACCACGACAGGCUGAACGUGAACACGGGCCGGCCGUUGCCCCGAGCGCCAUCACAAUCAAGCCAGGGGGACGAGCAGCCCGACGAUGGUCGCGACGACGUGUCCGUCAUCUCUGCCGUCCGCCCCAUGGGCCCCCUCGAUGCGCUGCCAGAGAUUCCAGCGUCAGAGCUCGACCUGUCGCUCUCGCUCGACUCGAUCCUCGGCUCCUCGGCUGACAGUCCUGCAACCGAAAAGGUGCAGAAACGCGCGAGCAAUGUGCUCAAGCUGGCCGAGGAGAACGAGAAGCUCAAGGCUGAACUCCGCGCCAUGACCGAGCGGCUCGAGGCCGCAGAGCGCAAGCGCAAGGAAAUCGAACAACGUCGCACGCAGCCUGCAGGACAGCAGACCAGUGCAUGA